AUGGAGUUGACAAUUGGUGCUCUUUGGUUUACCAUAGGGCUUUUUCUAAUCACUGCAGUUCUCGCCAAGGUUGCGAAUAUGAGAAAUACCAUUGAUUAUGUUUCUACACUAGCACCUCCGCCUGAGGUGAAGGGUAUUUCUCUUUUGGGACUCUUUCCUACUCUCUUUACAAAGGGCCCUGAAGCUACAAUGCAGUAUUUGUAUAACAAACUUGGGAGUGCUUUCACUGUCAGUUUUCUUUGGAAAAGGACAACUUUCUUAGUUGGACAGGAGGCCUCUGGUGUUUUCUUCCAAGGCUUAGAAUCAGAAGUUACCCAAGGAAAUUUAUUUGAGUUCACCGUUCCCAUGUUUGGGAGAGAGAUGGGCUUCGCAGUAGAUUAUGCUACUCGAAUGGAGCAGACUCGCUUCUUUGUUGAGUCUCUGAGGCCAGCACAACUCAGAAGCUAUGUUGAUCCAAUGGUUCAGGAAGUGGAGAACUACUUUGCAAAAUGGGGAGAACAAGGUGUUGUUGAUCUGAAAUAUGAAUUUGAGGAGUUGCUAAUGUUGAUCUCAAGUCGAUGCCUUGUUGGAAAAGAGGUUCGAGAGAAGAUGUUUGGAGAGUUCUGCACAUUGUUUCAUGAAAUUGAGGAAGGUGUGAACUUUGCCAGUUUCAUGUUCCCGUACAUCCCCAUUCCUGUGAACCGCCGGCGUGAUAGGGCACGGAUAAGGCUUAAAGGGAUUAUUUCUGAGGUUGUGAGGUCACGUAAGAUCUUGAAUCGUGUCGAGGAUGAUGUGCUCCAAAGGUUUAUAGAUUCAACAUAUAAAGGAGGCCGUGGCACAACCGUAGAAGAGGUCAGUGGGAUGAUGCUUGGCUUGAUCUUUGCCGGAAAACACACAAGCGCAAUGACAACCACAUGGACUGGGGCUUGCCUUUUGAGCCAUGCAAAGUACUUUGAUGCUGCUUUAGAAGAGCAAAAGCAGAUAAUUAAAAAAUACAAUGGCAACAUAGACUAUAAUAUUUUGUCAGAGAUGGUCACCCUGCAUAGUUGCAUCAAGGAGGCGGCAAGGAUGCACCCUGCUCUACCAACGUUGGUCCGCCAGGUAAAGAAGGACACCACUGUGCGUACAAAGGAGGGCCAUGAAUAUGUCAUCCCAAGAGGUGACACCUUAGUAAACCUUGUAAUGGUAAACAAUAGGUUGGCACACAUAUACAAGGAUCCUAUGGUGUAUGACCCCGAUCGGUUUCGUCCUGGGAGAGAGGAGGACAAAGCUGGUGGAAAAUUCGCUUACACGUCUUUCGGUGGUGGAAGGCAUGCAUGUGGUGGUGAAGCUUAUGCUUACAUGCAAAUUAAAAUUAUAUUUAGCCAUUUGCUGAGGAAUUUUGAACUGGAGCUGAUUUCUUCUUUUCCGAAGCCAGACUGGAGCAAGUUUCUCCCUGAGCCCAAAGGAAAGGUCAUGGUAAGCUACAAGAGAUGUCAUCUACCUAGCAUGUAA